UCUAAGCCAUCGUUUCUUGAACCAUUACCGUUACAUAGAUAGAACAUUCAAAAUCUGCUCAAAUAUUCCGUUUGCGUUCUUCUGGUAUGAUCGCCAUCAACCUCAUUUGCAAUUGCACCAUGAAACCGUCUCCUAAGAUUCUCAUUGGAUACAAGAAUUCAUCGUUUCUCGCGAGAUGUCACCAUACUCGUACUAUGUCCAUGUCUAACUCCACCACGUGUGGCCUCAACCUCGAUCACAGCACCAUGCACUGCCCCUUCCACACGCGCGAGUUUGGACGCAUCAUGCAUGGUAGUAACCAACAAGUUUUCGGGUUACCCUCUUCGAGUUUUGGCCAAUCAAUGUCCCUCAGCACAUCGAGAAGAACAAAACGGGGCGUGUCUGCCGUUGCUGGAGUUGACAUCAACUUCAAGGCUCGUGACUUCUCGGGCUCCGUCGAAACACGUGUCAAUGACAGCAACGGUGACAUGGUUUACGUAAAGGGUGGCAUGAAUGUGAAGCCAGUAGUGGCGGAAAGUGGUGACAAAGAUGAGGGUGAUGUUGGGGAAGAAUCUCGGUUAGAAGUUGGUGAGGAAGAUGAGAAGACACAGAAUUCGUGUGGUUUAGAGAAUGUGGAUGAGGCCAAUAAUGUGGAAGAGGAGACAGAAGUGGAGAAAGAGGCGUGGAAGUUGUUGCAAGAGGCACUUGUGACGUAUUGUGACACCCCUGUGGGGACGGUGGCAGCAAAUGAUUCGACUAGCGAGCAACUUUUGAAUUAUGAUCAGGUUUUCAUUCGGGACUUCAUCCCUUCUGCUCUUGCUUUCUUGCUCAAAGGAGAAAGGGAAAUUGUCAAGAACUUUCUUCUUCACACCUUGCAACUCCAGAGUUGGGAGAAAACAGUGGACUGCUAUAGCCCAGGGCAGGGCUUGAUGCCUGCUAGUUUCAAAGUUAAAACCAAGGAAUUUGAAGAAGGAAAGACAGAAGAAGUUUUAGAUCCUGAUUUUGGGGAAUCAGCUAUUGGUCGUGUUGCUCCUGUUGAUUCAGGAUUAUGGUGGAUCCUCCUGCUGCGGGCUUAUGGGAAGAUUACUGGGGACUACAGCUUGCAAGAAAGGUUGGAUGUUCAAACAGGCUUGAGAAUGAUCCUUAACUUGUGUUUAACGGAUGGAUUCGAUAUGUUUCCUUCCCUGUUAGUAACUGAUGGUUCUUGCAUGAUAGACAGGAGGAUGGGUAUUCAUGGCCACCCCCUUGAGAUUCAAGCUUUAUUUUACUCGGCUCUUCGCUCCGCACGUGAGAUGGUUGUUGAAGAUGAAAGUUCCAAGAAACUAGUUGGAGAAAUUAACAACAGACUGAGUGCACUAUCAUUCCACAUUAGAGAAUACUAUUGGGUGGAUAUGCGAAAGAUAAAUGAGAUAUACAGGUACAAAACAGAAGAGUACUCAUUGGAUGCCACAAACAAGUUCAACAUCUAUCCAGAACAAAUUCCUUUGUGGCUAAUGGAUUGGAUUCCAGAAGAAGGAGGAUAUCUGAUAGGGAAUCUGCAGCCAGCUCACAUGGAUUUCAGGUUUUUCAUGCUUGGAAAUCUUUGGUCUGUUGUUUCCUCUUUGGGCACCCCAAGGCAGAAUAAUGCUAUUUUGAAUCUGAUUGAAGCAAAAUGGGAAGAUCUCGUUGGCCAAAUGCCUCUUAAGAUAUGUUAUCCUGCCUUGGAGGAUGAAGAAUGGCGAUUAAUUACAGGCUGUGACCCAAAGAAUACCCCUUGGUCAUAUCACAAUGGUGGCUCUUGGCCAACCCUUCUGUGGCAGUUCACACUUGCAUGCAUGAAAAUGGAGAGAACCGAACUAGCCGAGAAAGCAGUUGCUUUGGCUGAGAAAAGGCUGCCAGAAGAUUCUUGGCCCGAAUAUUAUGACACACGCUCAGCAAGAUUUAUUGGCAAACAAGCUCGGCUCUAUCAAACAUGGACUUUAGCAGGGUUCCUUGCAUCUAAGAUGCUUUUGAAGAAUCCUAAACUGGCUUCCUUGUUAUGCUGGGAAGAGGACUUUGAGAUUCUUGAGACAUGUGUUUGUUUACUUAAUAAGAGUGGCAGGAUCAAAUGCUCCCGUGAUGCUGCAAAGUCUCAGAUUCUCGUGUGACGAGAGGCUCUCCUGUGCUGUACAGUCAAAGGUUUAGGCCUUAGGAUAUGGUUUGAGUUUGAUAGGAAACAGUAAAAAUCACAUUGGAAAAACAAUAUCUUUCAUAUUGUUGUGACUAUCAUAAAUAAGGUUUUCUCACUCAUUUGUAUAUAUGCAAACAUGUACAAAUUGAAUUUUCAUAAUAGAGUGCUCCUCGGAAGCAUUGUUAUCUUUA